GACAGAACAAAAUCCGGUUAGCUGCUGUGUGUGUCUGCUUCGUUGUUUUCGUUUGGGGAGUUUGUUGGUGUGAGAAACAACGAUUUUAAGAGGUUUACUUGAAGCUUUCACAUGCAGAACAAAAAGACCAAGGUGACAUCCAAAGCUAAAGUGGGGAAAGCUGGCUCCAAGAACAAAGACGAUGCCCCUCACGAACUUGAGAGCCAGUUUGUUCUGCGUCUUCCUCCAGAAUAUGCGUCUACCGUGCGGAGAGCUGUGCAGUCUGGAAGUGUAAAUCUCAAAGACAGACUGACCAUAGAGCUGCAUGCUGACGGGCGCCAUGGGAUAGUGAGAGUGGACCGGGUGCCUCUUGCUUGCAAGUUGGUUGACCUUCCCUGUAUUCUUGAGUCUCUCAAAACUGUGGAUAAGAAAACAUUUUAUAAAACUGCUGAUGUUUGUCAGAUGCUGGUGUGUACUGUGGAUGGAGAUCUCUAUCCCCCUCUGGAGGAGCCAACGGGCGUUACAGACCCCAAGAACAAGAAGAAAGACAAAGACAAAGAGAAGAAGUUUGUCUGGAAUCAUGGCAUUACAUGCCCUCUUAAGAACACCAGGAAGAGAAGGUUCAGGAAAACUGCAAAAAAGAAGUAUAUUGAGUCCCCAGACGUGGAGAAGGAGGUGAAGAGGUUGCUGAGUACAGAUUCUGAAGCUGUCAGUGUUCGGUGGGAGGUGAUAGCUGAGGAUGAGACGAAGGAGGCAGAUAACCACGGAUCACUGGCUAACCUGGACUCCUCUCCUGGGACAUCAGGACACAAGCUGGGACAUGGCUCCUCAGUGGAGAGGGACGAGCUGCGGGAAAUCUUCAACGACAUCAGCAGCAGCAGCGAGGAUGAGGAGGAUGAAGGAGACCGGCACGAGGAUGAAGAUCUCAAUAUCAUGGACACCGAGGAGGAUCUGGAGCGGCAGCUGCAGGAGAAGCUGAAUGAGUCAGACGGGGCGCGGGAUGAGAGCGAGGGCAACAACCAGAUAGUUUUAGAGUUUCAGGUGCAGAUCAACAAUGUAAAAAACAAGCUUCAGGAAACACAAGAUAGAAAGAAGCAGCAAGAAGAUCUGAUCAUGAAGGUGGAGAACCUGGCUCUCAAGAAUCGCUUCCAAACCUUGCUGGAUGAAAUAAUACAAGAAGAAGAAAGACUCAUGGAGCAGCUGGCUUCGCUGCAAGAACAGUUGGAUUCCCUGAUUGAAAAGUGAUCUCCUUAGCUGAGGUUUAGUAGCAGGGGGCAGUGCAACCACAGAGCUGCUAGUGACCAGGCCACCACAGACAACUAGAAACUUCCAGCCCUAAUCCCUUCAAUUUAUGGACAUUCCUUACAUGACCUUGUCUAUCGCUAAGUGACACAGAAUAUGCACACCAUUUGUACUGUGUACAGUACUUGUAUUCUCUCAUUUGGUGGGCUGUUUGUUGCAUGUUUAAUACAAAGUCAUUUCUUUAUUGCAUUUUUUCUUCAAUUUAAUGCAAAAAAAAUAAAAUAAAAUUGUAAUCAUAAAA